AUGGGUGGCAACAACUCCAAACCUCAACAGCAAUCUGUUCCCGCGAACAGUGCAAAUACGCCACGAGAGGUCGUCCCACGAAGUACACAGUCAGCUACCGAACCACAAUACGUGACGGCAUCUGGUAUUCCUGUCGUCCCCAGAACGCAGCCAAGUUCGGUUGUCGCUCCUGAUUCUGUACUUCAAGAGUUCAGAGCAGCAUAUGUUGAGCCAACUGGUCGCGAAAGCGAGAUGGGCAGCAUGUAA